UAGAAAUAUGGACCACAAUUUCAUUGCUUGUAGUAUGAUGAGCCAUACUUAUAGUAGGUGUAUAAGUAAUAGUUGAGUGUUACAAAGUCUCUUCCAUUCCAGCUGAAAACUACUUAUAUAUCUAUGUAUCUGCAAAUAUAGGUGCAGAUACAAUGUGUAGCAGUAAAAACAUACCUGAGUCUGGAUGGACAAGGUAUUUGGACAAAUCAUCUACUUAUAAAAGUACCACCCACUUUGAUAGUGUGUCUACAAGUUUUAAGAAGGCAUUAGGCAAUGCAGUAAAUACAGACGAGGAAUCCUCAAUGAUCUCAGAUGCUUCAUCUGGUCCCCAGCAGCUGCCUUUGCCUGAUAAAGAACAAGAACAGCAAGCGUCUGCAUCAUAUCCAACAAGAAUAAGAUAUUUACAUGGUAGACAAAGGGAUUUGGAUCAUGUUUCAUCUUGUUCCUUUACAGAUGGGAAUCCUAGAAAAUGUAAGCUCAGAAGGGUUGAAUAUAGGGAGGAGGCUGAGAUUUGUUCUUCUCUUCAAGACACUGCAAGCUCUUCUGUCCAGAGCUCAGAGGCUUUUGAAAGGUGAAGUCAAUGGUAGGGAAUAUCUUGUGGAUCUUGAGCCAUGUUUUGAUAGAGUUUGAGAGUGAAUGGAGCAUACCACAAGAAGAUAGCGUGUAAUACAUUGUAAAGUUAGAAGCAAAAAACUGCAAUCAGAGAAUAGGCUUGGCUUCUCUCUCUCCUCAUUGGAUGUUGAGAGUAUUGUGUAAGCUAAAGAAGUGCCAAAUGUAUGAUUGAAAAGGACCAUCCAGCAGUCUUUCUAAAUGGUGGUUUAUAUU